CUAAUCCUUAUCCUAACGAUUCGAUUCUGCAACCUCUAUACGAUUUGGCCCCUUUGGACAUUUGCUCGUUCAGCACUUAAAAGCUAUCAAAAUUGUUAGAAAAUAGUUUAGACGAUGUGCAACUGCUGCAGCCAGCGACAGACAUCCUUUUCGCAGAUUCCUUAUGCCUGUCCGCACUGUCCGGUGCGGGACAUAGCCAGCAACUGUUCAAUAAAGCGAACGACGAAGCCAGCCAGGCACGUGCCACACCCCAACCAGUGCGACACGCUGCCCGGUAAAUGGCUCGAGCUGAACCGCAAGCUAAUCACCACAAUGGCCGUAAAGAUGCAUCGAUCCACGCAGACCAUCCACUACAUGCUGCUGCGUUUGCUGCACGCCAACUACGCCGGCGUCUUGCAGAUCGUGCGGAAGCGACGAGCGUACAAGGUGCCGAUAAGUGGCUACGCGGACGCUCUCUUCUCCACCUUCUCUCUGUUCAACGAUCAGGGUUAUGUCUCCUUGCCCAUGGCCCCGGGGAGUGUCGGCAAGCUGUUGCGCAUGAUGCAGGACUAUGUUGUCCAAAUGCAGCUACUAAAUCGCCAGUACAAGUGGUUCGGAAACGGACAGGAUCAGGGCGACCUGGUGGGCCUGUUGGGGCAGCAGGACGAGCUGCUGAAGCUGCUGCGCGUCACGUUCAGGGACAGCGACACAUUGUUCCUAAGGUGUCUCCUCACGACGCUGCUGGAUUUGGAUUUGUUUGUCGUGUUUGGCAAGUUUACGGUGGAUCGAAAGCGCUCCAGCAUGAUAAGGAGCCUCUCGGAACUGUACGCUGGUGUGGCGGGACCCCAGAAACCCACUCGCUGCCGAAGUAAACGCACUGCAAAGAAGAUUGUAGACCCCGAGACCAAGCCUUCUCCAGACAAACAAAACAAUCUCGCCAUUGAGCUACUUCAGCUCUUCACGGAACACUUGGCUGCCAGGAAGACUCACUCGGACUCGUGUUGCGUGCUGCCCAAGAGCUCCACCUCAAAAGCCUUUAUUCUGCCGAGGCACAAAGACCGAGCAGAUCCACCAAACACUCGUUAAGUAAUCAAAGGAGGUGCCUGCUGGCAAUG